CACACAUACACGCAAAACGACAAGCUCGUCUGCUACUUUCUGCGGGAGGCUGUCACUCGGUGCUAUCAGUCAAAGCAGUCCCUGGUUUCGUGUUUGCUGCGUCCAAAUCCAAACAUUGUGAAACACCCGUGUGCGCGUCUCGACCAGCAGAGAGCAGUCCGGUGGUGGAGGUUGUGAAGUAACGAUCGGUUCUACCCACGACCCACCAAGCGAUACCAGCGGCGGUCAGACAUCAACCGUGUCUCGAACGAACCAGUCCGGUCUGGUUUGGUCCGGGUUCGGUGGAACACUCUCCGUCGGAAGAUCGCGCCAAAGGUGCGCAUCUUUUCCAAAUUCUUCAAGAAUUUCGGGAACUUGGGGUUUGGGUGUUAGAAUUUGUUUGUGUGUGAGUGUUUUCCUGUGUGUAAUAGACGGUGUGAUACAAAAGCAAGUGUGAACGAGCCAACCACCAUCAUGGACCAACGCUGCCAUGGUUUGGUGCCGGAAAUGGACUGAUUUCGCUCCGUAAUUUCGGUCCAUUCCAUCCAUUUCCGUUUGGUUGGUCGGUUGCGUACAGGUGGCAACAUCGACGAAUCGACGGACGGACAGCACCGGGCAAUAUCCUUCAUCCGUUUCUACCAACAAAAGCCGAACCAAGACCGAACAGCAACAGCAGCUGGCUUUGCGUGGCUAAACUUAGCGCCUUUCCCCCUUCACUAAACGGGCCGGAUUCUUUUCGAGCAGUAUGGAGCUGCCGGCGCUGGUGCAGCUGCUGGUACUGCCGGUGUUGCUGCUGGUGGUCGGAGGUGCCAACUGCUAUACGGUACCGCGCGAUACCGACAUCCUGCUGGCGGAUGGGUUCUUCAAGCGUAUGCGGGACCUGUUUGCCGAGCGAGCGUACGAAGAUGCGCUCGGUGCCGGAGUUCCGGCGGAGAUGCCAGCGGACGAAGCGCCUCCAGUGGCACCGGUCGACACCUCCCAUCUGGACAGUCCACCGAAGCCGAAGCUGGUAGAGGAUUGGCCCAAGGUGAAGCACUCCUUCGGUCAGGUGACAGCCGUCACCAUCGAUCUGCAAGGCAAUCCGGUCAUCUUCCACCGUGGCGGUCGCACAUGGACGAUGGAGAGCUUCAAUGAUAGCCACCACUAUCAACACAUCGCCGAAGGACCAAUCCCGGAAAACACGAUCGCCACCCUUGCGGCCUCGGACGGUGUCGUGCUCGAGGAGCGCGGUGCCGGCAUUUUCUACAUGCCCCACGGACUAACGAUCGAUCGUAACGGUAACAUGUGGCUGACGGACGUUGCAUUACACCAGGUGUUCAAGUUCAUGCCCGGCCGGGACUAUCCCGCCAUUACGCUUGGCCACCGGUUUGAACCCGGCUCGUCCAAAAGCCAUCUCUGCAAACCGACUGCGGUCGCCAUCGCCAGUACGGGUGAGAUUUUCGUUGCCGAUGGGUACUGCAACAGUCGGCUGCUAAAGUUCAAUGCAGCCGGCCGGUUGAUCCGUACCAUCCCCCAACCGCCCGAGUUCCUGUCGCUGCAGACACCGCACGGACUGACGCUGCUCGAACAUCUGGACAUGGUGUGUGUGGCCGAUCGGGAAAAUAUGCGUGUCGUAUGUCCGCGGGCCGGACUCCAGACAUCGUACGGUGAGGGAACGCAGGCCGCCACCAUCCAGGAACCGGAUUUGGGCCGUGUUUUCGCUGUAGCCGCGUACGGUGAUUUGGUGUACGCCGUCAAUGGACCCACCUCGCCCAUGAUUCCGGUGCGCGGUUUUACGAUCGAUCCACGAUCGGAAACGAUCAUCGACCACUGGGGCAAGUUUGAGAACCCGCACUCGAUCACCUUCUGCCCGAACGGAUCGGCCAUGUACGUGACCGAGAUUGGGCCGAACCGUGUGUGGAAGUUUACCCUCACGAUGUAAGCAGGAACAACUUCUUCUCACGCACGAUCCUUACCACCACCCGUUCGGGGUGCGUUCCUUUCGCCGGUGCGGGACGCCUCCAACGGAAGGGCAGCGAACAACAUCAGCUGCUCCACAUCGGUGACCACGAUUUAGCCCUCGAACUGUGCGGACAUGAGACCGCAUGCCAACAACACCACCGCUCCGAAACACACGCACACGUACCGAAACCGUUCGGUGGCGGGAUGCCAACACGAAAGGAACACACACCCACACGGACACAGGGAACGGAUCGGAUGCUUCGAACGGCGGAAUGUGAGUGAGUGAGUGAGGAAGUUCGGUGAGGAUAGACAGCCUGAGCUAACCAACCAAACCAGCAAACCCUCCAGAACCGUACCCAACGCUUCACCUAUUCCAGCCGGGAAGCGUUGGUAGGGUUGUGGAACGAUGCCUUUGCUUGGGACUUGGGAUCCUCGCGUACCGGACGAACAGUUUCGAAGAAGUUUUUUUUUUUGUUGUUUCCGUUAAAACCAAGUGAUACACCCGUAAGAGCCGUAAUGUAAGAACAUCCAGAAAGAGUUUUUAAUUUAUCCACAAACACCGGCCAAGGCAAACUCACUGCAGAGAUCAACUCGAUGGUGACAAAUGAAAGGAAGAUAGAAUUGAUCUAACUAUUGCAGAUGCAUAUUAUACAUAAAUACAUAUAUUCAUAUACAUAGAAAGCACACCAGCUCACCUAUGGUGCCCCGGACCCGGAUGUCCGGUCGGGACUUUGCAGAUCAAAUUUAAUGUAGACAGGCCAAGGGCCCACCCUACACAGCCAGUGGCAAGGAAAGGUACUUAACCGAGUAGUGAUUUAUAUACAUUAGCCUCACACCAGCAAGCAACCCGCGCAGUUACGCAUGCAAUUAUAUAUAUAUUUAUACAUAAAGAAGGUAGCAAGUACUUGAAAUGCAGAUGGUGGUGGAGCAGCAGAAAACCAAGGAGGAAAAAGCUGCUGAAUUGAUUGGUAAACAGAACAAAUACACUAUACCGAUUCUUUCCCAGUUGACAAAUCUUGACAGUCUAGUUUAAAUUUACCGAGCGCAACAUGCUGUUCACUAUAUACAAAAAAAGCAACUAAUCCGUAGACCAAAAUCAGUACACUCAUUUUAUGGCAGUCGCGUGUAGAGUGAGCGUAAAGGCAAAACAGUUAUUAUAAUACAAAAAUAUUAUAUAUAUUCCGUUAGUAAAAGGUAUGCAAAAGGCGCACGUUAAACACAAAACAGCAGCAGCAGUAGUUGACGCUUAACGGGUUGAACAAAACUAGAGGCAAAAACCAAACUUACAUUUUACUCUGUGCUCCCGCGUAAGGAGUUUAGCAACACGGAACCAAGGAGGACAGUGGGUCGCAACUUUGCGCAAAACUUCUACACCAAUUACCAUCUAACAGUAUGUCGGCUAGCGAGGCAGAUGCAUUCAACUGGCGAAAGAGAGGUGCAAUAUGUUUCUUAGCCAAACAACAACAAACCCGUACGUAGUAGUGUUUAACAAACCGCCGAUGGCAAACACAUUUUGUAGUGAACCAGCAUACAAAACCAGACAAAUACGCGAGCCAUGAUGAUUCGCACUAGUGGCGCAUUGGCAAUACUCUAACCCCACACUGAUUGCACGCAAAUGGCGCAAAUCUUUCUUAAAGUAAACAAACACACACACACUAACAUAUUUUUAUACGAUGAUAGUGGUAAUAUAUAUAUAUAAAAAGAAAUUCAUAAGUAGACUAUUGAUACCGUUUGAAGAAUUUUGCAAAGAAAAACCAAGGCAAAAGUAUCAAAUACACACACACUCAGACACAGACUUGCAUCCGGUGGCACGAACAUCGGUGCCGGAGAGGGUUGGAAAAUUAUAUUAACUAGAUCAGAAAAAAAAAAUCCAAAAAGUAUCAAAAGCGGUGAGUCAUCACGUUUAAGUACAGGACUGCUUUCGAGCAGAUCCCUACAGCAUAAUGCUUCCUAUCUUUAUAGAUUCCCUUCGAGGGUCUCCUCGGAUGUUUAGAAGAGGGUUUAAUUUAAACACACAAUCAAACAAUUCAAACUUUUAGCAAAUACCGAGUUUCACUCCCGUGAGCACAGUAAGGGAGCGAGUAAGAGUAGGUAUUACCACAGUAUAUGCUGGGACACACAUAUAAAGUUAUGGUUUCUGUACCGUUUCACUGAGAACCGCUGGGAACCGAGUUUACCGGAUAAUAAUCAGAGCAUUUAAAGCCAGUAACCAGUUUGAAUUUAUACAACAUAUAUAUAUAACUAGAGUUCGCGGAACAUGUAUGCCCAAACUACCACCCAAUAUAAUUGCAUGUUAUGAGAGACAUUAUUAUGAUAUAUACAUACGUAUUAUACAUACGAGGUGAAAAAGGAUACAUUAUAUUACACUGCAAGCAACCAACAGCAACAGCAAACAAAAAAAACAUACUAUUCGUACAAUAAACUUAUAAAUCAUAUAUACAGCAGAGAGACACGCAUUGUACACACACACACACACACACACACACACACACACACAAAAAAACAGAUAUAUAAAAGUUAGUAUGACACACACGCACACCAAACCAACACGCUACUGGUAGGAAACUUUUAUAGCAAACUCAACACCAGCAUCUCCAACACAAUACAACGUACACGGCUGGAUCAGCGUAAGAGCAAAGUGCAACUAAUAUUACUGAUGCGACUACUACCAUCUCUUUCUCUGUCUCUCUGGUUGAGAACGGUCAUUUCUGUUUUCCACUCUGGCGAAGCUGAUGAAGCUGUAAUGGGAAUGCUUUAUUACACCGUCUUACACACCGCAGCUAUUAUUUUGGUAGAUUGUUGAUGAAAGAUUGCAUUGAAACACACACAACAAAUCGUAGAGAUCUUACACACACCCACAAACCUUCACACUCGAUCCGCAUUAUUACAUACACCAAAAAAAAUGCAAAACAUGUUGAAUAAAAAAAAUAUUAUCAUUUGUUUUUCAGCCUUU